GGGGCCAUGAGGGAUCCUGUUCAAGCGUAGGUAAAAGGGUAUUAGACACGAGUAGUGCUGGCAGGUUCGAGUGCUGCCUGCUCUCCAGGCUCUACACUGACAUGGGGAGCACCAGCAAGGUAGUCCAGUUUCUCAACAGGAGACAGAGUCUCUUCCCCAACUACAAAGUCACAGAUCCCGAUGUCAAACGAAGGUCUUCCGAGAUCGCCUACCCGUCAGCGGAGUGCUGCGUGCGGACAUGGAACUCCAUGCAAGAACUGAGUAAAGACAUCUACGACAUCUACGCCGAGUAUGAAGACGAAGACGACGAUGCCCAGCCCGGCUCCUCCAAGCAGAUAUCCCCAUCUAAAACAAACUAUAUGAUCAACAUCAACGUAGGCGGGAAGCCUUACCAGAUAGCCUACAAGAUGGCAGCCAGGUACCCUAAGACCAGAAUAGGACGGCUGGCCACCUACGCCGACCACAACAUGAAGCUGGACCUGUGUGACGACUACACCGUCACGGGCAAUGAGUUCUUCUUCGACAGAGACCCCGACACCUUUCACAGCAUCUUCAAUUUUUACCGGACCGGCGUGCUGUGGAUCAAGGACGAGCUGUGCCCCCGCAACUUCCUGGAAGAGAUCAACUACUGGGGGGUGAGGAUCAAGAACACCCACCGCUGCUGCCGCAUCUCCUUCGAGGAGAGGCAGGACGAGCUGAACGAGCAACUGAAGAUCCAGCGGGAGCUGGAGGCUGAGGUGGAGAUCGAGGAGAACGGAGAGCUCUUCCAAGACAUGUUCAUGGGCCAGAAGAGACGAGCUAUCUGGAACUUGAUGGAGAAGCCAUUUUCCUCAGUCAAGGCCAAGCUGAUGGCGGUGGCCUCCAGUCUCUUUGUCCUGAUCUCACUAGUGGCCAUGACACUGAACACAGUGGAGGAGAUGCAGUACAGGACUCCCAUGGGGCAGCUGAGUGGAAAGACCUACUGGGAGUACGUGGAGUCCAUGUGCAUCGCCUUCUUCACCAUGGAGUACCUGCUACGUCUCAUGUCCACCCCGGACCUCCAAUCCUUCAGCAGGAGUGUGCUGAACACCGUAGACCUGAUCGCCAUCCUGCCUCAGUACUUGCAGGCCGUCCUGGAGUUCUUUGACAACGAGGACAACUACAUGAAGCACGAAGCCGACAUGCAGGCGGUCGGGCAGGUGGGGAAACUGGGUCAAGUCCUGCGGAUCAUGAGACUGAUGCGGAUCUUUCGCAUCUUGAAGCUGGCGCGACACUCCACGGGCCUGCGGGCGUUCGGCUUCACGCUGCGCCAGUGCUACCAGCAAGUGGGCUGCCUGUUCCUCUUCAUCGCCAUGGGGAUCUUCAGCUUCUCUGCCAUGGUUUAUACCGUAGAGCAUGACAUGCCUCAAACCAACUUCACCAGCAUUCCUCACGCAUGGUGGUGGGCGUCUGUCAGCAUCUCCACGGUGGGCUACGGCGACGUCUACCCAGAGACCAUCUUGGGGCGCCUCUUUGCCUUCAUUUGCAUCGCUUUCGGAAUCAUCCUCAACGGUCUGCCCAUAUCCAUCCUCUUCAACAAGUUCUCCGACUACUACUCCAAACUCAAGUCCAAUCAGUACACAGCCUCCCUGAAGAAGAGAGGGAGAGUGAGGUUCACCAAGAGAACUUCCCAGAAGCUGAACCACUGCUUUGGUGAUGGCCACUGACUCUCAUGCCGACUUAGACUUAGACUGACUGACACUUCAACAACUUGAGUGGAGAUUCUCUACCAGGCUGCAUGAACACACCAGGAGUUGGUGAACAAAACAACAACUUCAUAAACGACUGAACUGAUCAAUGUUUCCUUUUGUGACCUGAACUUGUGUCCUUUCUCAAAAUGUCUUAUCUUAUUAUGCUUGACCCACGGAUCCAUUAUUAUGUUCAUCACACACACACACACACACACACACACACACACACACACACACACACACACACACACACACACACACACACACACACACUCACACACACACAUUCUUGUAUUUCUUACCUUCUUGAGACCUCUGAAUAAUGCCUACUUAUUCAAGACCAGACUUUCUGGAUAUAUAAAGAUUUGUAUUUACAACAUUAAUAAUAUCUACUGUACAUACUAUGUGGUCAUGGAGGAUGUGCUGGCGGUCCAGAUUCAGGACCUGGGGGUGGACCGCCUCGCCUGUGCAUUGGUUGGGGACAUCUCUGUGCUGCUGACCUGUCUCCACUCGGGAUGGUCUCCUGCUGGCCCCACUAUGGACUGGACUCUCACUAUUAUGUUAGAUCCAAUAUGGACUGGACUCUCAAUAUUAUGUUAGAUCCACUAUGGACUGGACUCUCAUUAUUAUGUUGGAUCCACUAUGGACUGGACUCUCACUAUUAUGUUAGAUCCACUAUGGACUGGACUCUCAAUAUUAUGUUAGAUCCACUAUGGACUGGACUCUCAUUAUUGUGUUGGAUCCACUAUGGACUGGACUCUCACUAUUAUGUUAGAUCCACUAUGGACUGGACUCUCACUAUUAUGUUAGAUCCACUAUGGACUGGACCCUCACUAUUAUGUUAGAUCCACUAUGGACUGGACCCUCACACUAUUAUGUUAGAUCCACUAUGGACUGGACUCACACUAUUAUGUUAGAUCCACUAUGGACUGGUCUCUCACUAUUAGAUCCACUAUGGACUGGUCUCUCACUAUUAUGUUAGAUCCACUAUGGACUAGACUCUCACUAUUAUGUUGGAUCCACUAUGGACUGGACUCUCACUAUUAUGUUAGAUCCACUAUGGACUGGACUCUCAAUAUUAUGUUAGAUCCACUAUGGACUGGACUCUCAUUAUUGUGUUGGAUCCACUAUGGACUGGACUCUCACUAUUAUGUUAGAUCCACUAUGGACUGGACUCUCACUAUUAUGUUAGAUCCACUAUGGACUGGACCCUCACUAUUAUGUUAGAUCCACUAUGGACUGGACCCUCACACUAUUAUGUUAGAUCCACUAUGGACUGGACUCACACUAUUAUGUUAGAUCCACUAUGGACUGGACUCUCUCACUAUUAUGGACUGGACUCUCACUAUUAUGUUAGAUCCACUAUGGACUGGACUCUCACUAUUAUGUUAGAUCCACUAUGGACUGGACUCUCUCACUAUUAUGUUAGAUCCACUAUGGACUGGACUCUCAUUAUUGUGUUAGAUCCACUAUGGACUGGACUCUCACUAUUAUGUUAGAUCCACUAUGGACUGGACCCUCACACUAUUAUGUUAGAUCCACUAUGGACUGGACUCUCACACUAUUAUGUUAGAUCCACUAUGGACUGGACUCUCUCACUAUUAUGUUAGAUCCACUAUGGACUGGUCUCUCAUUAUUAUGUUAGAUCCACUAUGGACUGGACUCUCACUAUUAUGUUAGAUCCACUAUGGACUGGACUCUCUCACUAUUAUGUUAGAUCCACUAUGGACUGGUCUCUCACUAUUAGAUCCACUAUGGACUGGUCUCUCACUAUUAUGUUAGAUCCACUAUGGACUGGACUCUGUCACUAUUAUGUUAGAUCCACUAUGGACUGGACUCUCACUAUUAUGUUAGAUCCACUAUGGACUGGACUCUCACACUAUUAUGUUAGAUCCACUAUGGACUGGACUCUCACUAUUAUGUUAGAUCCACUAUGGACUGGACUCUCACACUAUUAUGUUAGAUCCACUAUGGACUGGACUCUCACUAUUAUGUUAGAUCCACUAUGGGCUGGACUCUCACUAUUAUGUUAGAUCCACUAUGGACUGGACUCUCUCACUAUUAUGUUAGAUCCACUAUGGACUGGACUCUCACACUAUUAUGUUAGAUCCACUAUGGACUGGACUCUCACACUAUUAUGUUAGAUCCACUAUGGACUGGACUCUCACUAUUAUGUUGGAUCCACUAUGGACUGGACUCUCACUAUUAUGUCAGAUCCACUAUGGACUGGACCCUCACACUAUUAUGUUAGAUCCACUAUGGACUGGACUCUCACUAUUAUGUUAGAUCCACUAUGGACUGGACUCUCACUAUUAUGUUAGAUCCACUAUGGACUGGACUCUCUCACUAUUAUGUUAGAUCCACUAUGGACUGGACUCUCACUAUUAUGUUAGAUCCACUAUGGACUGGACUCUCUCACUAUUAUGUUAGAUCCACUAUGGACUGGACUCUCAUUAUUGUGUUAGAUCCACUAUGGACUGGACUCUCACUAUUAUGUUAGAUCCACUAUGGACUGGACCCUCACACUAUUAUGUUAGAUCCACUAUGGACUGGACUCUCACACUAUUAUGUUAGAUCCACUAUGGACUAGACUCUCACACUAUUAUGUUAGAUCCACUAUGGACUGGACUCUCACACUAUUAUGUUAGAUCCACUAUGGACUGGACUCUCACUAUUAUGUUAGAUCCAGUAUGGACUGGACUCUCACUAUUAUGUGAGAUCCACUAUGGACUGGACUCUCUCACUAUUAUGUUAGAUCCACUAUGGACUGGUCUCUCAUUAUUAUGUUAGAUCCACUAUGGACUGGACUCUCACUAUUAUGUUAGAUCCACUAUGGACUGGACUCUCACUAUUAUGUUAGAUCCACUAUGGACUGGACUCUCUCACUAUUAUGUUAGAUCCACUAUGGACUGGUCUCUCAUUAUUAUGUUAGAUCCACUAUGGACUGGUCUCUCAUUAUUAUGUUAGAU